UGUGCGUGUGUCUGUCUGUGCUGAUACAGUAGUAGUAUGGUGAUAGGAUAGACGAAGGUACUGACUGUCUCCAGAGAGUGUUACGUGAUGUUCGCGUUCGUUGCCUGGGCUUGUUGCAAUUUUUCAUUUAAAUUAUUAAAUGAUUAAUUUGUUUCUGGAUCAUAUUUUUACAUAUACCAAAGGUGUAUCAAAUAAUAUAUAACUCACAACCAAAGAAUUGAUAACCAAAGACGUGGUGUGUAGGGAGGGACGCAUGCCACUUGUACACAACAAACUUUUACUUAAGCUUGGCUACGAGAACAACGUGGUGUGGUGAGAUCUUCGCCCAGCGUGUGUGCCUCCAGCAGCCUUCCUACUGCUGCCUCUAACAUCAUCAUCCCCGGCUGGAGUCAUCAAGGCCGGAGGAGGAGAGAGAGAGAGAGGAUAACACGAGGAAGGUGUUAGGGUGUAGUGGAGUUGAGUGAGUACCGGUGGUUGUCCCUGCUGGUGGUCACCGGAUACUCCCUGAUACCCGACCCAGCGGUACCUGCUAGGGCACGCGACACUCCCCAGGGCCUAGCCACCCAGCAGUGCCACCAGGGACCGUCAGCAGUACCAGCCUGUUGUACGCCAAGGGCAAGGGCCAGGCAGGUCAGUUGUACGGCAACGUCGACAAAUACUGGCACCAGAAUCAGUCAGGAGUGCCAGGAAGUAGUAAAGCCAUGGUCAGUCAGCACCGUCACCUGGGCCAACCAACAGUAUUACAAGGGCUAUCCAAUAGUGCCCUCAAAGACAAGCAUUUUUAUGGCCAGGACUAACAGCCAACCAAGAGUGCCAGAAAAGCUGCUAGACUGGCGGUAAGGGCAGAAUAUUAGGUACUGAGACAAUUUACCCCAAAGAGCCAGCCUUGACAACCUCUUAUAGACUAAUGUUAUAAUCCUGUAAUUUAUAUAAUCUAAAACAAAGAGGGCAAUGUUGUGGUGGCUGUAGACGCAUAAAUAGGACCUCGGUGUUGUUGAUAAAGAGUGAGGAAUAGGGAGUAAAGGGCGUAAGACAGCUGUGAAGACCUGCAGGAUAAGAUGGAACAAGCUUAUGAGCUGAGACAGUUCUGUGGAGGGGAGCUGAGACCUGCAGAGAGGUACUACCCUACACAUGAGCGUGACUGGGAGGGCGGCAUAGACAACGAUGGGCUGGAUAUAAGUCAGCUGGAGAGCUACAUCAAUGACGACAACAAUGAUACUAUGUAUUUUGGAGACUUGCAGGGAGGCAUGGCCGACAUCAAGGCAUUGGGCAACGCUACCCCAAGAGACUCCCCCUCCCGUCUCCACCAUCACCAUCACCACUCCAACCUUCACCAUCACCAAGCCCACUCCCAGCACAGCGUGACUCACCCUGACCUCAGUUCUAGUGAUACCUCCUCCGCCAGCAUGAGUGGUUACCUCCCCACCAGUAGUGACACUGGUGGGAUCCGGCACCCACCACAGGCAGUAGGGGGUGGUGUAUCCCUACCUAUUGGCUACUGCAAUCCUUAUCACAGCUAUUACUACUCCUCCUCUUCCUCCGCCUACAAGGGUUAUCGACACCAUCUACCAGACAGCCCUCCAGACUCGGGGUCAGAGCCUCCUUACUCCCCCCCGGACCACCCCAACCUCUCCCCACACCAAAAAGUUGGUGGUAUGGCGGACAUGUACACAAGUCCCCCUGGGGGCGGCAGUGGCGGUAUGAUGGCCUUCCCUUAUCCAGUGAUGCAAGCACCCCAGACCCUCCCCCACCAACCCAACCCCUCCCACAACACUGGUCACGCCCCCCUUCAGGGUAACAAUAGUCUCGGCUACCAACAGCCUCUCAUGCUAGGAGGGUCACCUCUUAGCGGGUCGUCGGUGCCUGGUACAGGACUGGCAUCCACGGGGUCGCCAGUGUAUGGGACACAGGGCGUGGUGAGUCAGGGGCCAGCCUCGGGUGGUGGUGGCGGGGCGGGCAGUGUGGCCGCCGCCAAGAAGAGGAAGAUGAAUGACUCGGGUGGCCUCGCCGGCAUGGUCAACAUAAAGCAGGAGCCAGAUCAAGGUGUAACGAGCCACUUGGGCCCUAAUGUGGCGGUGACGUCAUACACAGAGGAGGAUGAGUAUACUAUGGACUCGACCGGCGGCUCCUUCCUCGACAGUUCCUACCAGUGUAUCCGCUUCCACAAUUUCCAGCAGCACUCUUGGAGCAUCUUGUGUGACUCUGCUCUGAAAGAACUCCCACUGCCGACUUUCCGUGUGGACGCUGACAAAGGCUUCAACUUCUCCAACCCAGACGAGUCUUUUGUGUGCCAGAAGAAGAACCACUUUCAGGUCACUGUCCACGUCCAGGCGUCUGGCGAGCCCGUGUUCGUAAAGAGCCCGGACGGCUUACAAAAGGUUGAUCGCUUCUAUGUCCACUUCUUCGGCGUCAAGACUGAGUCGCCGUCGCAGGUAAUCCGUGUCGAGCAGAGCCAGAGUGACAGGAGCAAGAAGGCCUUCCACCCCGUCCCCGUGGAACUGAAGCCGGACCAGAUGAGUAAGAUCACGGUGGGUCGCCUGCACUUCUCGGAGACCACCAGCAACAAUAUGCGUAAGAAGGGCAAACCCAACCCCGACCAGCGCUACUUCUAUCUGGUGGUGUCCCUAAAGGCCCACUGUGGCGACAACUCGUACCACAUCGCCGCCCAUGCCUCCGAGAAGAUCAUCGUCAGGGCAUCAAAUCCAGGUCAGUUUGAAAGUGAUGUUGAAUACACGUUUCAACGAGGAACAUACCCUGAGUCUAUCUACCAUAUGGGUCGUGUGGGCAUUAACACUGACCGACCAGAUGAGGCGCUGGUGAUCCACGGUAACCUCAAGAUCACAGGCCAGUUGCUUCAGCCUUCUGAUAAACGUGCUAAGAAGGAUGUGGCUGAGAUGGACACUAAAGAGCAGCUGAAGAAUGUGCAAAAUCUGCGGGUAGUGAAGUAUGCUUAUAGGAAAGAGUUCGCUGAACAGGCUGGCAUGAAAGGUGACGAUGUGUACGACACUGGCGUUAUAGCUCAAGAGGUGAAAGAAGUCAUACCAGAUGCAGUUAAAACAACGGGUGAUGUCACACUUUCAAAUGGAGAAAAAAUUGAAAGUUUUCUCUUGGUGAACAAGGAGCGUAUAUUCAUGGAGAAUGUAGGGGCAGUGAAGGAACUUUGUAAAGUCACUGGCAACUUGGAGAAUCGCAUUGGAGAACUUGAGAUAAUGAAUAAGAAAAUAUCACAGCUACGAAGAUUUGAAUCCUUCAAGUCAACCUCAUCGUCAGUAUCUACACGCACCUCAGCAACGUCACGAGUAUCAUCAGUGUGCAACCGAAGUCGUGGGUGUUCCAGGCGUCAUAAACACAUGGGCAGUGGACACGACGAUGGUAUAUGCAACAAUAAGACUCUUCAGGUCACCACUAUUACCCUUGUGUGCAUCAUGGCCUUUUGUCUGAUGGCUAUGGCAACUAUCUACAUUCUGGAUUACAAAGAAAGACGUAAGGACCCGGCCACGACUACGGCAACGACAACGACAGCCACCACCAUAUUCCUGUCUUCCUCUAUGGUGACGUCUACUUUACGGACGGCCACUACAGAUAGGACCACCUCUUCUACCGAUGACGUCUCUCAUACCUCUGUUGUGUUUACCACCAAGCCAACCUUUGGAAGCACUACACCAGAUCCAUUGAUUCCAAGACCACCUGUUAUAGGGAAGCCUGAUUACUGCCAAGAAACUGAUCCCAAUGAAGACCCAGUAUGCCAGGUAUAUUGCUGCCCACUUAAUAACAUCUGGACAGGUGUGAUGGCCCCAUUGCAACUGAGCCCCAGUACUGCAUCCACUACCGUUACUCUCAGCCGUCGCAUCAUACACUAUGGUACUACAACUGUUCCUCCAACCAUGUCACGGUAUGGGGAGGUCAUCACUAAUAAACUGUCAACCAGUGACCCGAACACAGUUAAUGAUUCAACAACACAGGCAGAGACACAGCGGUUAAAGCCUAUGCCCAGUAAGAAGUCUGGCCCUCACGAUCAAAUGGCACGUCUAGCUCGUCACAGAGCUCAAAUGAGUCGACCUUCUAACUCUCGCAGUAUCAAACAAACACUUAGCAAGCGUUCCAUUCACUCCAAACGAUCUACUGAUAGUUCUCCACGUCAAAAAACACAAAUGAGCGGCAGUACAAAUGUUCAGAUCCCAACUAUAGAUAUUGUGGAGUUGAACACAACAAUCAGUCACCUCUACUGUCUCAACUCCUCAGAUACCUACUCUGACUGCUUCUCCAACAGAGCCAAAAACUUUACUUAUGGCCUCCCAAUCUCACGGUUCAUGCCACACACCAACCUUACACUGCACUUCAGAUUCCUGGCGGACAGUUUUGCCAGGCAGCCUUCUUUCUGCACCAACCGCAGUGACAGCAUUCCACCAUUUCCAUUUGAGCAGUGUCCAGUUUCUGGCGAUAACCUUUCACCAUAUGAGGUGGUGGAGACCAAUGGGCCAAGUCCCCGUGACCGCUAUGUUACCCUUACCAAUGUUGGAAUGUGGCUUCAGGUUGCAUACAAGUUUCGCAUACCAAUAAUUGAUGAAGAUGACGAUCCCUGCAACUGCACACCAGAAUAUGUUGGAGAAAAAUUUUAUGAACUGAAUUUCAUAUUUCAACGAGUUUGUACUGAAUAAGGCGAAAAAAGUUGUGUUAAUCAUGUACAGUAUUCAAAAUUAAUUUUAUAUUUCGGUCAUGCAUGUUUACUCCUGAACAGCCAAACCAUUUUCAUAUCCAUGACAAUAACUUUUGGCAAUGCUUCACAAAUUUGGAUGUAAUCAUCUUUUGUAAAAUUAAGUGUGUUUCCACAAUUUCUGAUAAUAUAAAUAAGGUAUAUGUACAGUCCCUCCUUUUAUGGAUUUCUCAGUACAUCCAUGUAAUUCAGACCCGGUAUUUUAUUUAUAGUUUAAAUGGAUAAUCUCUAGUGGGCAAUUAUUUGUAGGAUUUGUACUGUUAGAGACAGACAGUCUUAUCAAGGAUCUGAUUAGGCAUAGAGUAUGAUAAAUAUGUAUAUAUUUUGUAAAUACUUAAUUUUAAAUGGUUCA